AUGGCUAGCUCUCCCCACCAGCAAUUCCCUAGGCAAGAGGAUUGGCUGCUACCCCAGGACUGGGGCUGGGGCUGGGAGAGCCACUCAGACUCAACUUCCCCUACCUCUUCUUCUGAUUCCUAUAGCUCGUCACCAUCCUAUGGACACCCAAGCACCACAGAAAACCUUCCCCAACCUCUGGGCUGCCACUCUGAAGAGCCCCCUACUUCUGUCCCUUUCCAAAAGAGCAGAAGGGAAAGAGGCGGCCCAGCCAAUGGGCAGAGGCAGAGCGCCAGCGAACGUGAGAAGCUAAGAAUGCGCAACCUCUCCCGCGCCUUGCACGAUUUGAGGCGCUAUCUACCUCCCUCAGUGGCACCUGUUGGACAGAGUCUGACUAAGAUUGAGACCCUGCGACUGGCUAUCCGCUACAUUGGUCACCUGUCAUCCCUUCUGGGACUCAGUGAGGAGAGUCUGAGGCGCCGGAGGAGGGAAGGGGCAAUGCAGAGCUGCCCUCUCUGUCCUGACAGACUGGGCUGUUGUCCAGACCGGACCCAGAGCUUCAGCCCAGUCUCCCAGGCUCCCAGGGCCUACUCUCCCCAGAUCCCUGAAGCCUGGGGGUCCCUACCUUCCUGCCCAUCAGUUUUGUCCCAGCCCAAGCAGUAUGGGGAGCAGAACCUCAAUGCCAUGUCUUGGGGUUUACCUUCUUGCUGCUUGGGAUCACCAACCAGGCUAGACCUGCCGGGAGGAAGACAUCAAGUUGGAGGAUUGGGGAAUCCUCCCCUUGCCAGCCCCGGAACACAGACCCCACCCAAGUUACACUGGGAAAAAGCCACUGAACCUGCUUCCUGGGCAAUAUCUCCACACUCCACCGAGUUGACUGCUCUAUACCAGGUCAUCUCCACCCCUCCAGAACCCAGUUUGUCAGCUCUCAUAGGACCUUACCCAUCACAGCCCAUGCCCCAGAGAUGUCAGGCGGAGUUGCCAGCACAGUGGGGAUGCUGGGGUUACGGUGGCCUGACUUCUGUACAGGAGACAGACACUUCACUCAUGUUCAGAGAGGACAGGUCUCCUGAGUGCUGA